AUUCCUAACCUCAAACACAAGAGGUAAAACACUUUCACGGAGCGUUACAGGUCCCGGUGUACCUCAGGACACGCCGCCGUCGGCUGCUAUCCCUCAGAGCGCUCAUUCCUCCCCUCAGCGCUGCGGGGCCGCGUCCGUCCCGGACUGUUCCCGGUGUGUGCGUGGGGCUCAUGUCCCCCCACACCGCCCCCUCAGCGUGAGCCGGCCGCGAACGCUGGAAGCUUGAUCCUUGCGCGCUCCCGUCCGGGCUCGGCCGCGGUCCGGGGCGCAGCGAGCGGCGGCAGCGGCUGCUCCCGGCGGCGCGGCUGCCAUGUCUACCCUGGCCAAGGCCUCCGGCGCGCUCAAGUCGGUGGAUUAUGAAGUGUUCGGGCGAGUGCAAGGUGUUUGUUUCAGGAUGUACACAGAAGAGGAAGCAAGGAAGUUAGGAGUGGUUGGCUGGGUUAAAAAUACCAGCCAAGGAACUGUAACAGGCCAAGUUCAGGGCCCAGAAGAUAAAGUAAAUGCAAUGAAAUCCUGGCUGACUAAAGUCGGAAGCCCAAGUUCUCGCAUCGAUCGAACCAAUUUUUCCAAUGAAAAGGAGAUUUCCAAGCUUGACUUCUCAGGAUUUAGCACUAGAUACUAAUAGAAACCAUCACUGAGCAUAAAACUGUGAUGUUUCUGCUGCAUGAUAGUCUCUGGGCCUCCAUAACAUGUCACGGGAGCAUUUGGAUGCUUUCCAUAGUAGAGAGAAAUAGAAAAGGUCCCUGUUCACAUGGAGUAAGAAUUCUUUGUUGCUGUAUUAGACAUUUAACACCAUGAAUGUCAAUAUCUAGUAUCUAAAAUGCCAAUAUCUAAUUUAUUACAUUUUGAAAGCUACAUGAAUGCUUGAAAGUGUCAGUGAUUACUCGUGCACAAUGAGACUUGUUAUAUAUAACCAUAUGGCACCUAAUCUUUACACUGUGAUUCAUAUUUUAGAUGCAGAAUGAUGAAGUUAUGUUCUCCUGUUUGUAAUCUCACCAAAAAUCCCACCAAAAAUCCUUAACUGGAACACUGAGAGAUCUAAUGUGUGUUAUAGACCAUGUUAGUUGUCAUAAGGAGUUAAGAUAUAGUGGUAAUUUAAAAUAAAUGUAUGUUUAUUCAGACUCAGACUAAGAUUACCUGACCAGUUCUGGUUUAAAAUUCUCUAGUAAUUCAGUAUAAGUGAUUCAGAUAAGUAAUUCUAGUAAUAGUUAUUCAGAUAAGUCAUGAAACGUGAUGGUGAAUGUGUGGUCUUGCCCCUUAUUCCAUGUCUACCUACAGCUUACAUCUACACUGACCAUAAAGGAUGUUUUAAUCUUUUUGGCUUUUUGCUGUUCUUACUGAAAUGGAAGACUUCAGUUAUUUUCCUUAAGGAUGUGUAUUUGGUCCUUAGUUAACGUAUGCUGGAACCUAAUUUGACAGGAUGCACCUACACACAUCAUGUCAAGUACAUGAAAGGUCCUCAGCAACUUGAGUUCUGUGCUUGCAAUAAAUACUGGAGAAGUGUUUGCGGUA